CUUCCCGGAAGCUGACAGUCAGCUGAUUUGUUUUUAUUGACAAAGGUGACGUUACAUUAUCCGUAAAUAUACUGAACACAAAAUCACAUCCCGUCGUCUUUCCCCCUUUUCUCUCUAGCUACCUUUCCUCCGCGCUCCCCGGUAUGGACGAGACUAGUCCGUUGGUCUCCCCGCUACGGGACUCCAACGACUUCGGCUACUGCCCCACCGAGCCCACCAGUCCCCGGGGCGGAUUUGGAGGCACGCCGGGCUCGGUGGUUCGCAUCCCGCCCGGGAGUCCGGAGCGCAGCCGGGAGAGACAGCCGUUGUUGGACCGGGACCGAGGAGGUUCACCGCGGGAUCCGCACAGAAACGACUUCCCGGAGGAUCCCGAGUUUCGAGAGAUCAUCCGCAAGGCGGAACGCGCCAUCGAGGAAGGGAUUUAUCCGGAAAGAAUUUACCAGGGAUCCAGCGGCAGCUACUUUGUCAAAGAUUCACAAGGGGUAAGAAAGAGUGAAAAGCAUUAAAAAGGAGAUCACGAUCGAUUUAGCUAACUCACCUAAACAACUAUGGAUUGCAUGUCGUCAUAUUUAGCUAGCAUAUGUCAAAGAUAAGCACAACCCUUUAUUUUAUUAUUUAUGAAUGACAACAAUUAGAUUGACAAGUCUAUUAGUUAUCAUCCUUGAAUAAUGAUGUUUAGUGCGUCUGAUUAUUAUUGACCAGAAGGCUACACUAUUGCCUGUAAAUUCAUCACAUCUCACUAUGUAGUCUAAAAGUGGACAAGGCCUCUGGUUUAUUUCCUUCAGUAUGACUUGUAAAUAUAUCCUCCCACCAGAGAAACCGCCUGGGGAAACAGGUGCCUUACUUCAACCUCCAUUGUACUGUUUAUUCUCUCCAAUAUGGUCUAGUUUUGUUUUUAUUGCCCAUACUUCAGUACAGUAGCGUCGGCCCUGUUACAGUCUAGCCAUCUCUUAUCUGGAAAAGCCAUGUCACUGUGGAAACUCACAGUAGCAACACCAGCUGAGGAGCCUAGUGCCCUCUGCUCACUCUCACGUGUUGGCCUUGACUCACAGAUAGACUAUGGUGUGUGUGUAACGCAGGGACACAAUCACAGAUAGACUAUGGUGUGUGUGUAACGCAGGGACACUCACAGAUAGACUAUGGUGUGUGUGUAACGCAGGGACGCUCACAGAUAGGUGGAUCUGACAACAUGGAUGCCCCAUGUUGUGCGAUCCAAGGGUGCGUCCCAAAUGGCACCCUAUUCCCUAUAUAGUGCACUACUUUUGACCAGAGCCCUAACACACACGUACACUCACACACGCAGCUCCACGCAGCACAGUCAAUCCGUCUGCAUCGGCAAUCAGUCAUUGUUGCGCUGAAAUCAUGUGGUUGUAUUCACCCACACACUCUUGGUGAUAAUGAUGAAUCGUCACGAGGUUUUGUUGGGAUGGAAAAUAGUGCUCUUUCUAUUUGAUUGAGCUCUAGUCAAGAUAAUUCUAACCAAAAUCUAAUAUUUUGGAUAGAAACAAGAGGGAGAAGCAAACUAUAUGGUGACUUGGUGCACAGACAUAGGACCAGGACUAGUAACAACUUACCCAACAAUUACUAUCAUCUGAAACUCCACGAUGCGGUCACAUUUGUUGGUUAAAAAUGGAAGUGUCACUGUGGACUUUGGAAGUCCUGACGUGUGGGGGAAUCCACCAGAUUUCACUUCCUGUAUGUGUAAUUCCAAACAAGCCCAUUGGCUACCGGUAUUCAGCCAGGUCUGCCUAUAGUAUUGUAGCGACGCUGUCUUUAUAAGUGCAUAAAUCUGCUCUGCCACGAAGCAUGCUCCUGUGGCAGUCGAUAUCCGCACUUAUAAACACAGGACGUUGUUGAUACUGUGAGCCGAGGCCAGGACUUUCUAGUCCUACAAUAACGUGUGUUAGGGAUCUGUGAGCCGAGGCCUACAGUAACGUGUGUUAGGGAUCUGUGAGCCGAGGCCUACAGUAACGUGUGUUAGGGAUCUGUGAGCCGAGGCCUACAGUAACGUGUGUUAGGGAUCUGUGAGCCGAGGCCUACAGUAACGUGUGUUAGGGAUCUGUGAGCCGAGGCCUACAGUAACGUGUGUUAGGGAUCUGUGAGCAGAGGCCUACAGUAACGUGUGUUAGGGAUCUGUGAGCCGAGGCCUACAGUAACGUGUGUUAGGGAUCUGUGAGCCGAGGCCUACAGUAACGUGUGUUAGGGAUCUGUGAGCCGAGGCCUACAGUAACGUGUGUGAGGGAUCUGUGAGCGAGGCCUACAGUAACGUGUGUUAGGAUCUGUGAGCCGAGGCCUACAGUAACGUGUGUUAGGGAAACUGUGAGCCGAGGCCUAAGUAACGUGUGUUAGGGAUCUGUGAGCCGAGCGCUACAGUAACGUGUGUUAGGAUCGUGAGCCGAGGCUACGUAAAGUGUGUUAGGGAUCUGUGAGCCGAGCCUACAAUAAAGUGUUAGGGAUCUGUGAGCCGAGGCCUACAGUAACGUGUGUAGGAUCGUUGCUAUAACAGAGGCCUACAUGUUAUACGCUCUGGGUCUACCGCCUAGUAACGUGCUUAGGGUUUAGAGCCCCUAACCGUAACUGGUCUAGGUCUACCGAGCCUCGACUUGGUUAUACACCUCGUCGUGGUUAGAUCUCCUGAGCGAGCCUCUAACUGUCUAGGGUCUGUAAGCCGAGGCUAAUACUCGUCUGUCUAGGGCGGCCCCUUCAGUCCUGUUAACUAGCCACCUCUCCCUCUGUCUAACCCUCCUGUACCAUCCUCUAGUUAACCCCUUUCUCUGUUAACCCCUCUCUCCUAGUUAACUCCUCUCCCCUAGUCUAACCUCCUCUGGUCUAGCCCCCCGGCCUACAUAAACUUUUACUCCUCUCUAACCCUCUUGGUCUAACCCCUCUCUGGUUAACCUCUGUCCUAACCCGCUACUCUGUUAUGAAACCUCUCGCCUAGCUAAUAACUUAGUCUUACCGAGCCUACAGUAACGUUGUUAGGGAUCUUGAGCCGAGGCCUACAGUAACGUUUGUUAGGAUCUGUGCCAUGCAGAAGCGCCUCCUCACCCUAGUCAACCUGUUGUCUAGCCGAUCCUGUGCCCUAGUUAGUCUAACCCUCGGCUCCCUUAGAUACCCACCGUCUCUCGUCUAACCCCUCACUCCCCUAUUUUUACUAAACUCUGUCAUCUCCUGUCUUCUGUUAAACCUCGUUGUCGUAACCUUCUGUUACCAAACCCCGCGACUGUGUUAGCGUGGCCCUACUGCCUGUUAACCCCUGCUCUGUUAACCUCCCUCUAGAUAAGAGCCUCUCCUUAAUAGACGCCCUCCUUCAUCUUGUUACCCCUCCUUCCCCUUUUACCCCUCCUCUCCCUCUAGUCUAACCCCUCCUCGUCAACCCUCCCUAGUUAACCUCCUCCCUGAGUUAACCCCCUCCCUCUAGUCUACCCCUCCCCUCUAGUUACACCUCUCCCUCUAGUCUAACCUCUCUCCCUUAGUCUAACCCCUCCUCUCCUCUAUAACCCCUCCUCUCCCUCUAGUCUAACCUCCUCUCCUCUAGUCUAACCCCUCCUCUCCCUCUAGUCUAACCCUCCUCUCCCUCUAGUUAACCCCUCCUCUCCCUCUAGUUAACCCCUCCUCUCCCUCUAGUCUAACCUCCCUCUAGUCUAGUCUAACCCCUCCUCUCCCUUUAGAUAACCCCUCCUCUCCCUCUAGUCUAACCCCUCCUCUAGUCUAACCCCUCCUCUCCCUCUAGUCUAACCCCUCCUCUCCCUCUAGUCUAACCCCUCCUCUCCCUCUAGUUAACCCCUCCUCUCCCUCUAGUCUAACCUCCCUAGUCUAGGUCUAACUUUCUUAGAUAACCCCUACCCUCGUAACCCCUCUCUGUCUAGGACCUCCUUCCUCUAGUCUAACCCCCCUACUCUGUUAACCUCCUCUCUAGUUAGCCCUCCUGUGAGCCGCUCUGUAUCCCGCUCUAGUCAACCUUCUCUAGCUCUGUUACCACCUCCUACAUACCUCUGUUAGACCUCCUCUCCCUCAGUAACCCCUCCUUCGGUCUACUCUAGUCUAACACUAACUUCCUUAGUUACCCCGCUCUCCCUUAGUUACCUCUCUCUAUUAACCUCCUCUCAUCUUAGUCCUAAACCCUCCUGUCACCCUCUCCCUCUAGUUACCCUCUAGUCUAGUUAAACCGUCCUCUCCUCUAGUAACCAACUCCUCUCCUCUGUCUAACCUCCCAUCCCUCUAGUUAACCCCUCAUCUCCUCAUGUUACCCUCUCUGCCUAGUACCUCCUUCCCCUAGUUAACCCUCCUCUCGCCUCUGUAAUACACCGCCUCUCCUCUAGUUAACGCCCUUCCUUCCCCUUUAACCCUCUCACCUCUAUUAACCCCUCCUCUCCCUCUAGUCUAACCCCUCUCUCCUCUGUUAACCCCUCCUCUCCCUCUAGUCUAACCCCUCCUCUCCCUCUAGUCUAACCCCUCCUCUCCCUCUAGUCUAACUCCCUCCCUCUAGUCUAACCCCUCCUCUAGUUAACCCCUCUCCCUCUGUCUAACCCCUCCUCUCCCUCUAGUCUAACCCUCCUCUCCUCUAGUCUAACCCCUUCUCUGUCUAACCCUCCUCUAGUCUAACCCCUCCUCUCUAGUCUAACCCCUCCCUCUGUCUAACCCCUCCUCUCUUGGUCUAACCCCUCUCUCCCUCUAUACCCCUCCUCUCCCUCUAGUCUAACCCUCCUCUCCCUCUAGUCUAACCCCUCCUCUCCCUCUAGUUAACCCCUCUCCCUCUAGCUAACCCCCUCUCCCUCUAGUCUAACCCCCCUCUAGUCUAGUCUAACCCCUCCUCUCCCUCUAGUCUAACCCCUCUCUCCCUCUAGUCUAACCCCUCUCUCCCUCUGGUCUAACCCCUCCUCUCCCUCUAGUUAACCCCUCCUCUCCCUCUGUCUAACCCCUCCUCUCCCUCUAGUUAACCCCUCCUCUCCCUCUAGUCUAACCCCUCCUCCCGCCUUCAGCCCCUCUACUUAUAUAACAGUCAUCAGUACAGUGGUCAUGUGGUAACUCUCUGUUAGGCUAAUCCGCUCCACAUCUAAAGCAGUGUUGGGUUUAUAGUAUGUGUGCGGGUGUCUGUAUGUCCCAGGUGGCCGGUGGAACCUUCAUUGGGGAGGACAGCUCAAAGGAAUGGCUGGAACGGAAUAUAUGGAAUGGUAUCCAACAUAUCAAACACAUAGGCUAUGCUACCAUGACUAAAAUAAAAUGGAGCCUGUUCACCUACAGUACCUCAGAUGAACCAUGAGUCAUGACUUGAUAAUGUGUGGGUCCUCUCCUACCUGUCACAACUAAAACAAUGAUAAUGUCUGGGUCCUCGCCUACCUAUCACAACUAUAACAAUGAUAAUGUCUGGGUCCUCGCCUACCUAUCACAACUGAAACACUGCCUAUGAAAGUGAAAGAGUGAAAUGAUUUUGGGGAAUGUCAAACCCCCACUUCUAGUGGUUUACAAGUGCAGUGUGACAAAACCAGAAACACUACUAACCUUUGGCCUUUACUUUGGUGCUGAACAGAACAGCCAGUGUUGAUACAGUAUAAAUCAUGGUAGUAGUUAACAGAACAGCCAGUGUUGAUACAGUAUAAAUCAUGGUAGUAGUUAACAGAACAGCCAGUGUUGAUACAGUAUAAAUCAUGGUAGUAGUUAACAGAACAGCCAGUGUUGAUACAGGUAUAAAUCAUGGUAGUAGUAACAGAACAGCCAGUGUUGAUACAGUAUUAAAUCAUGGUAGUAGUUAACAGAACAGCCAGUGUGAUACAGUAUAAAUCAUGGUGUGUUAACAGAACAGCCAGUGUUGAUACAGUAUAAAUCAUGGUAGUAGUUAACAGAACAGCCAGUGUUGAAAGUAUAACAUGGUAGAGUUAACAGAACAGCCAGUGUUGAUACAGUAUAAAUCAUGGUAGUAGUUAACAGAACAGCCAGUGUUGAUACAGUAUAAAUCAUGGUAGUAGUUAACAGAACAGCCAGUGUUGAUACAGUAUAAAUCAUGGUAGUAGUUAACAGAACAGCCAGUGUUGAUAUGUAUUUCUCUUUUUCUAAUCUCAUGCAGACCUGUAGUAGUAAAUCAGCGUGCGUGAAAAUAUGCCUUAUCAAUGCCCCUGUGAAAUUUGUCUAUAUCAAUCCCAGUACAUGUCUUCCAUCUAUCUUCUCUCUUCUGCCUGUCCUCUCCAGACAAUCGCUCUUCUCCCUUCUCUCGUCUCUCUCUCCUCUUUCUUCUGCGAGGUCUCCCGCGCGUCUAUUCUCGUGCGCUCUCGCUCGUCUGCUCUGCUCUCUGCGUCCUCGUCGCUCUCUCUCCGCCUCUCGUGCUCGAGCUCUUCUCUCUCUCUCUCUCUCUCUUCUCGCUCUCUCUCUCUCUCUCUCUCUCUCUCUCUCUCUCUCUCUCUCUCCUCUGCAUAUUAUAACUUCACUCAAUCCCAUCUAUUUAAAAUGUAACAUUUGCUCACAGCACAGGUGAGUUUGCAAGAGGAAAAUGUCUCCCUAAAUGUCUCUCUCCCCUCUCUCUCUCUGUAGAAAAUCAUUGGUGUGUUCAAGCCUAAGAACGAGGAGCCUUACGGUCAGCUGAACCCAAAGUGGACCAAGUGGCUCCAGAAGCUGUGUUGUCCUUGCUGUUUUGGACGGGACUGUCUGGUCCUGAACCAGGGUUAUCUGUCUGAGGCUGGGGCCAGUCUGGUGGACCAGAAACUAGAGCUUAACAUAGUGCCCAGGACCAAGGUAGGGAGGGGUUAGAUACACACACACACACACACACACACACACACACACACACACACACACAGAGAACCAGGGUUAUCUGUCUGAAGCUGGGGCUAGUCUUGUGGUCCUCUGUAGCUCAGCUGGUAGAGCACGGCGCUUGUAACGCCAAGGUAGUGGGUUCGAUCCCCGGGACCACCCAUACACAAAAAAAUUAUGCACGCAUGACUGUAAGUCGCUUUGGAUAAAAGCGUCUGCUAAAUGGCAUAUUAUUAUUAUUAUUAUUGUUGAUCAGAAACUAAAUGUAGUCCCCAGGGCCAAAGUAGGGGUUAGACACACACACACACACACCACACACACAAACACACACACACACACACAGAGGGACACACACACACACACACACACACACACACACAGAGGGACACACACGCACAGGUACUGGGAGGUCCUGCGUCAGGGUUCUCUCUUGAUUUCCUUCACUCUCUCUCUACAUCCUCCUCUCUCUCUCUCGCUCCACCCUCCUGCUCCCUUCUCCCCUCUCUCUCUCUACAUCCUCCUCUCUCUCUCUCGCUCCACCCUCCUGCUCCCUUCUCCCCUCUCUCUCUACAUCCUCCUCUCUCUCUCUCGCUCCACCCUCCUGCUCCCUUCUCCCUACUCUCUCUCUACCUCCCUCUCUCUCUUCGCUCCACCCUCCUGCUCCCUUCUCCCCCUCUCUCUCAAACAUCCCUCUCUCUCUCGCUCCGCUCCCCCUCCCUGCCCCUCCCCCCUCUCUCUCUACAUCCUCCUCUCUCUCUCUCGCUCCACCCUCCUGCUCCCCUCCCCCUCUCUCUACACCUCCUCUCCCUCUCUCUCGCUCCACCCUCUCUCCCCUCCCCCCUCUCUCUCUACAUCCUCCCUCUCUCUGCUCCCCACCCUCCCCUCCCCUCCCCCUCUAUUAGGUGGUGUACCUGUCCAGUGAGACGUUUAACUAUAACGCUAUAGACAGGGUCAAGUCCAGGGGUAAGAGGCUGGCUCUGGAGAAGGUACCCAAAGUGGGACAACACUUCCACAGGAUCGGCCUGCCUCCCAAGGUAUGUCUGCUGCUUCCUGGUUGUGUAUCAAAGACUUUUAGCGGUUGAAAGCUUUCAAGUUUAGACCUUACUCUAAAACCUUUCCAUUUGUAUGUAUGAUUUCCUGUAAAUGUAUGAUGAAUUUCUCCCUCCCACUCUCUCCCUCCCAACCUCUCUCCCUCCCUCCCACCAUCUCUCCCACCCUCUCUCCCUCACCCUCCCUCCCUCCCACCCUCUCUCCCACCUCCCGUCCUCCAGUUGGGUUCGUUCCAGAUCUUCGUUGAGGGCUUUAAGGAUGCAGACUUCUGGCUGCGGAGGUUCGAGGCAGACCCCCUGCCAGAGAACACCAACAGACAGAUGCAACUGCAGUUUGAGAGGCUGGUGGUCCUCGAUUACAUCAUCAGGAACACAGGUACAUAACCAAGGAAAUGGCAGUCAAGACGGACAAGCAGGCAGACAGACACCUGUGUGAAUAUGUGACAUGUCCCUUUAAGAAAUAGUGAUGUGGAAGGUGCAUUAGACUCUAACCUCUCCCUCUCUCCCUCUACACAGAUCGGGGAAAUGAUAACUGGCUUCUAAAAUAUGACUGUCCCAUGGACCAGGGGAACAGGGUAAGCACACACCCACACAAACACACACCAGAACAGGCACUGAAACCUUGUAUGUGUGUGUUCCUGUUUCGGUGUCUGUUCUGGGGGGGGGGGGGGGUCUGUUCUGGGGGGGGUGUCUGUUCUCGGGGGUGUACUCUUAUGCACUUAUAUGUCUGACUCAAGAUGCUCUCUCCGGUCUCCCCCCAUCAAAUCGAGAAAGGAGCAGAGGGAGAAAAAGGAGGGAGAGAGAAAAAAGAAGAGAGAAAGAGGUAAAGAAGGAGAUCAUCUCUCCGCAUACUCUCUCUCCCUCCCUCCUCUCGCCGCGUUUCUCCCUCGCUCCUGAAAUGGGAGGGAUCUCUCUCCCCUCACUCUCUCCUCUCCUCUCCUCUCUCUCCCCUCCUCUGUCUCUCUCUCUCUCUCUCUCUCUCUCUCUCUGUCUCUCUCUCCCCUCCUCUCUCUCUCUCUCUGUCCAGGACACAGACUGGGUAGUAGUGAAGGAUCCUAUCAUCCAGCUAGCUGCUAUAGACAACGGACUGGCCUUCCCUCUCAAACACCCCGACUCCUGGAGAGCCUGUAAGCACCGCCCUCUACCUCCUCAACCAAUCACAGAGCAGCUUGUAGAGAUGCACUUUCCCACUGACCAAUCACAGAGCACUUUUAUAGAGAUGCACCUUCUCUGUGACCAAUCACUGCAUUUCUAACUAAAAUGUAUUCAUUCUUUGACCAAUCACAGACCCAUUCUACUGGGCGUGGUUGUCCCAAGCCAAGGUUCCGUUCUCCCAGGAGAUCAGAGAGCUGGUUCUGCCCAAACUGGCCGAUCCCAACUUUAUCAAAGAUCUGGAGGAAGACCUAUACGAACUGUUUAAGGUGAGGGAGGGAGCAAACUUCAAACUUGACUGAUUAUCCAAUCUUUGAUGGUGUUUCUAUUUGAGUAUUUUUGACCCUUGACCUGUGUGUUGCAGAAAGACCCAGGCUUCGACAGGGGGCAGUUCCACAAGCAGAUAGCUGUUAUGAGAGGACAGGUAUGUUUAAAUACGGCCUCUUUAAAUAACAUACCGUAAAACUUCAGUUAAACGCAGAGUCUCAGAAAAGCCGACUGUCCCUUUAUUAAUAGCCGGACACCGGCACACAUUUCAGCAGAUAAAAGCCGGGUCUAGUUAACUGUUUACAAGUGAACGUCAGUGAGUAAUGUAAAGGAGAGCAACAUCAGUGCCAUGGAUGAGACGGCAGUGUGGUCUGACGUGGUCGUGCCAUGGAUGAGACGGCAGUGUGGUCUGACGUGGUCGGCUCAACUACAGCCGAUACAAGAGACUGGAUGA